AUGGCUGAAGCUUUCCUUCAAAUUCUGUUAGACAAUUUGACUUCUUUCAUACAAGGGGAACUUGGAUUGUUUUUUGGUUUUAAGGACGAGUUUGAAAAUCUUAAAAGCGCGUUUACUACGAUCCAAGAUGUGCUUGAAGAUGCUCAGGAGAAGCAACUCAAGGACAAGCCACUAGAAAAUUGGUUGCACAAACUCAAUGUUGCUGCAUAUGAAGUUGAUGACAUCUUGGAUGAAUGUAAAUCUAAGGCAGCAAAACUCAGCCAGACUAAAUAUGGGUGUUAUCAUCCAAAGAUUGUUCCUUUCCGUUACAAGAUUGGGAAAAGGAUGAAAGAAAUGAUGGAGAAACUAGAUGCACUUGCUGCAGAACGAAGUAAGUUUCAUUUGGAGAAAAGGACUAUAGAAAGAGAAGCUGCUAGACGAGAAACAGGUUUUGUUUUAACUGAACCAGAACCUUAUGGAAGGGACAAAGAGAAGAAUAAGAUAGUAAAAAUCCUUACAAACAAAGUUUGUGAUGUCCAAGAGCUUUCAGUCCUCCCAAUACUUGGUAUGGGGGGACUAGGAAAGACGACUCUUGCCCAAAUGGUCUUCAAUGAUCCGAGAGUGAUCGAGCAUUUCGAUCCCAAAAUAUGGAUUUGUGUCUCAGAAGAUUUUGAUGAGAAGAAGUUGAUAAAGGCAAUUGUAGAAUCUAUUGAAGGAAAGCCACUUGGUGACGACAUGGAUUUGGCUCCACUUCAAAAGAAGCUUCAGGAUAUGUUGAAUGGAAAGAGAUACUUUCUCGUUUUGGAUGAUGUUUGGAAUGAAAAUCAAGAAAAGUGGGAUAAGAUAAAAGCAGUCUUAAAGGUUGGAGCACGAGGUGCUUCUGUUCUAGCCACCACUCGUCUUAAAAGGGUUGGAUCAAUUAUGGGAACUUUGCAACCAUAUGAAUUGUCACUUCUGUCUCAAGAAGAUUGUUGGUUGUUGUUCAUGAAACGUGCAUUUGAGAACCAAGAAACAAUAAAUCCUAACCUUGUGGCUAUCGGAAAGGAGAUUGUGAAAAAAAGUGGUGGUGUGCCUCUAGCCGCCAAGACUCUUGGAGGUCUUUUGCGCUUCGAGGAACAAGAAAGGGAAUGGGAACAUAUCAGAGAUAGUGAGAUUUGGAAUUUGCCUCAAGAUGAAAGUUCUAUUCUGCCUGCCCUGAGACUUAGUUAUCAUCAUCUUCCACUUGAUUUGAGACAAUGCUUUGCAUAUUGUGCAGUAUUCCCAAAGGACACUAAAAUGGAAAAGGAAAAUCUAAUCUCUCUCUGGAUGGCACACAGUUUUCUUUUAUCAAAAGGAAAGGAGUUAGAGGAUGAGGGUAAUGACAUGCAUGAUCUCAUCCAUGAUUUGGCUACAUCUCUGUUUACGGCAAGCACAUCAAGCAACAAUAUCCGUGAAAUAAAUGUAAAAGGUUACCCACAUAUGAUGUCAAUUGGUUUCGCAGUGUCUUCUUACUCUCGUUCUCACUUGCAAAAGUUUGUCUCGUUGAGGGUGCUUAAUCUAAGUGGCUUACUGCCAACUGGCAUCAGUACAUGGAAUCAGUUACCGUCUUCCAUUGGAGAUCUAGUACAUUUAAGAUACCUAAACUUGUCUGGCAAUUGGAAUAUGCUUAGUCUUCCGAAGCAGUUAUGCAAGCUUCAAAAUCUGCAGACUCUUGAUCUACAUGAUUGCGACUCACUUUGUUGUUUGCCAAAAGAAACAAGUAAACUUGGUAGUCUCCGAAAUCUUUUACUUGAUGGUUGCUAUGGAUUGACUUGUAUGCCACCAAGGAUAGGAUCUUUGACAUGCCUUAAGACUCUUGGUUGCUUUGCAGUGGGAAGGAAGAAAAGUUCUCAAAUUGGUGAAUUACGAAACCUGAAUCUCUAUGGCUCAAUUGAAAUCACGCAUCUUGAGAGAGUGAAGAAUGAAAUGGAUGCAAAAGAAGCCAAUUUAUCUGCAAAAGAAAAUCUGCAUUCUUUAAGCAUGAAAUGGGAUGACGAUGAUAGAUAUGAAUCAGAAGAAGUUGAAGUGCUUGAAGCCCUCAAACCACACUCCAAUCUGACUUGUUUAAAAAUCAAUGGCUUCAGAGGAAUCUGUCUCCCAGACUGGAUGAAUCACUCAGUUUUGAAAAAUGUUGUCUCUAUUGUAAUUAAAGAUUGCGAAAACUGCUCAUGCUUACCACCCUUUGGUGAGCUGCCUUGUCUAGAAAGUCUAGAAUUACGUACUGGGUCUGCGGAAUUGGAGUAUGUUGAUUCUGGAUUCCCUACAAGAAGAAGGUUUCCAUCUCUAAGAAAACUUAUUUUAUACAGUUUUUAUAAUCUGAAAGGAUUGCUGAAAGAGGAAGGAGAAGAGCAAUUCCAUGUGCUUGAAGAGAUGACAAUUGACGGAUGCCCUAUGUUUGUUAUUCCGACCCUUUCUUCUGUCAAGAAAUUGGUAGCUCAUGGGGACAAGUUAGAUGCAAUAGGUUUCAGUUCCAUAUCUAAUCUCAGGGCUCUUACUUCCCUCCACAUUAUCGAAGCUACUUCACUCCCAGAAGAGAUGUUCAAAAACCUUGCAAAUCUCAAAUACUUGAAAAUCUCUUACUACUACAAUCGCAAAGAGUUACCCAGCAGCCUGACUAGUCUAAAUGCUUUGGAGAAUCUGAGAAUUGAAUGUUGUGGCGCACUAGAGAGUCUCCCAGAGGAAGGGCUGGAAGGUUUAACUUCACUCUCGAAAUUAUCUGUUUAUGAGUGUGAGAUGCUAAAAUGUUUACCGGAGGGAUUGCAGCACCUAACAGCCCUCACAAAUUUAUCAGUUAGGUAUUGUCCAACACUGGCCAAGCGAUGUGAGAAGGGAAUAGGAGAAGACUGGUACAAAAUUGCUCACAUUCCUAAUGUGUUUAUCAGUUAAGUCUUAUUCCUAAUUAGAUGUAAUUUUCUGAUUUUUCUUUUGGAAACAAAUCAACUAUUUGUAUUAUACUUGAUUUUUCUUGGGUCUGUAACAAUAAAUAUUUGAAUUUUUUCAUAUAAA